AAGCAAUGACAGUUUGGAAUGACAGUUUGCUAUUGUGAACUUCUUUAUUUAUUUUGUUCACCGAAUUACCUAACAUCGAUUUCGCGUUAGUUUUGUUUUCAUAAUUAUGUCGUUUUUAGCUAAUUCAUUACGAAAGUUAGUGUUCAGAGUUACAACGCAGCAAAUACCACAAAAUGUAUCUCCAGUGGCAAGUGUUACUGGUUACAUGAAUAUACGAAAAUUGUCUCAUGAAGAGAAACGAGCACGCGGGCCAUUAGUUCGCAGCUAUGGUUAUAAAGAAAAAAUUUUGCAAAGGGGCUUGUUGCCGCAUUUAGAUAACGGACAAAAGUUACCUAUGCCUGAAUAUAGACCCAAAAAUGCAUGGAAUGAAAAGCGUGCGCUUUUCGGGCAAAAUGAUUAUAUUGAUAUACUUGGUAAUGAUAGUUUACAUCCCACUCGAGUUCUAUACUCUGUGCCGGCUUGGUUGCGUGGUGUUUCUGGCAACGAAUAUCAAGUUCUGCUGCGUAAACGCAAAAUGAUGUCGAAAACACUAUAUCCAGACGCGCGACCAACAAAAUGGAAACAUCUGAAUAAACGUAUAAUCUAUUUGUAUAAAUUCCUCAAUCGCAAAACGAAGACUGGCUAUUCAAAGCAGUAAUUUCUAUUAUAAUGUAUAUAAAAUUAUUAUGUA